AUGUUCCCUUGGGGUUCUUUCUCCUGUUCAGGCUUGCAUCAGAUCUCGCAGAACAAGGUGGCAGUGUUGCUCCUGGCUGGAGGACAAGGAACUCGCCUGGGAGUGAGCUAUCCCAAGGGCAUGUACAACGUGGGGUUGCCUAGUGGCAAGACCUUGUAUCAGAUCCAAGCAGAAAGAAUCCGCAAAGUGGAGCAGCUCGCUGGCCAGAGACACCACUGCAAGUGUGCUAUCCCCUGGUACAUCAUGACAAGUGAGUUCACGCUGGGGCCGACAGAGGAGUUCUUUGUAGAACACGACUACUUCAACCUGGACAGAUCCAAUGUGGUCAUGUUUGAACAGAGAAUGCUGCCUGCUGUCACCUUUGAUGGGAAGGCCAUCUUGGAGGAGAAGGGGAAAAUUGCUAUGGCUCCAGAUGGCAAUGGUGGCUUAUAUCGAGCUUUGGUGGAUAACAAGGUCUUGGAUGACAUGAAGCAGCGUGGAAUCCAGUAUGUCCAUGUAUACUGUGUGGACAAUAUCCUCGUGAAAAUGGCAGAUCCAGUCUUCAUAGGCUUCUGUGUUUCCAAAGGGGCAGAUUGCGGUGCAAAGGUAGUGGAGAAGGCCUACCCCACAGAGCCUGUUGGGGUGGUGUGCUGUGUGGAUGGGGUCUACCAGGUGGUGGAGUACAGUGAGAUCAGCCUGGAGACUGCGCAGCAGCAGAGCCCUGAUGGGGGACUGAUGUACAGCACUGGCAAUAUCUGCAACCAUUUCUUCACAGUUGAGUUCCUGGAGAUGGUGGCCCAGAAAUAUGAGCCGCAGCUGAGGCAUCAUGUAGCCAUAAAGAAGGUGCCCUACAUUGACGAGGAGGGAAAUCUGGUAAAACCGCUAAAACCGAACGGGAUAAAGCUGGAGAAGUUUGUGUUUGAUGUGUUCCAGUUCUCUAAGAAUUUUGUGGCGUUUGAAGUUUUGAGAGAAGAGGAGUUCUCGCCACUAAAAAAUGCAGACACAGCUGACAAAGACACUCCUACCACUGCUCGGCAAGCCCUCCUGGCCCAGCAUUACCGCUGGGCUCUCAAGGCUGGGGCCAGAUUUCUGGAUGAAAAUGGUUGCAGGAUACCAGAGAAACUCAGUCUCUCAGGAACUGAAGAUCCUCCGGCUCUGUGUGAGAUUUCUCCAUUAGUGUCUUACUUUGGAGAGUGAGUGAAUACUGAAUGGGAAGUGUGAUAUGUGCAUUGGCUUUAGAGAAACCACAUAUUAGUUUUCUUAAGUUUGUCCAUCUGAAAAUAAUUGGUCCUGGGAAAGCUGCUUCCAUUUAGUAGUGAGAAGAGGAGCUUCCCUGUGUUGGACAUACAGGGUGAGAAAUAGUGGAUUGCAGGAGGAUAUCUGGGCCCUGUGGGGAAGGGCAUUCAUAAGACUUGACAUCUUUGCUAGGUUUCCAUGUGCAGAUAGUGAACUUAUUGCAAUCGAUGCAUUAUAAGAACAAAAUGAAAACAAGGCAAUUUAAGUUGACUUUUCUUUGCUAGGGUUAUUCUAAUGUGAGUUAAGGAUACAUCUUCCCAUGCCUGCCCCCCCCCAGGAAGCUUGUUUCUGAGAUCCAUUGUUUUACAGUUCAUCGUUGCUUCUCCUUCAUGAACCCCAGGCUUGGGGCUGAAAUGCUUUUCAUCUCUGUCACUGGAGAAACUAUUGCUGUUGUCUGUCCUUCCCAUGACCUUUUAACUUUGGGUAGUCAGUGGUUCAUUGAGGACAUUAAGUAGACUUAAAAAUAGUGCGGGUAACCAGUCUGACGCAUUUACAACCUAACAGUGCUAUUUUCACAUGUUCUCAGGGCCUGGAGGCGUACAUGAAGAACAAAGACUUCCCUUCUCCCUUUGUGCUCGAUGAAAACAAAGCAGAAAUGUUAGGAAAUUCUUG